AUGGGUGAUUCUACAUCGUUGCCUGAACUCGCCCCCGAGAUGGGCGACGACAUCUUGCAGGGCGUAGCCGAGUUACGGCCCGGCACCCCUCAGGCACGCUCAAGCGCGCUGAACCUCCUACUGAAGGAGGCGAGCCGCAUGUUCCCGUUGCCCCAGGCCAGCCAAGAUGGGACACCUAAGCGGCUCUCGCCCGCCUUCCUCAAAGGAGCCGCUCGGAGAACCCGCGGUGCCCGCAGGAUCCCGCGGCGGCACCUCACAAUGACCGAGCUGCAAAGCCCGGCCAAACGGGACGACACCACCCCAUCAUCGUCGUCUCCAUCCAGCAGCCGCACGAGCUCCUCGUCGCCAGCUGACGGCGUCGACUCCGCCGCAUCAUCGUCAACCAGCAGGCCGUCGUCUCCCUUCGCCGGCUCCUCUACCUGCUCGCCGGCAGCCUCCCCCCUGGGCCUCGGAGGCGAAACAGGGGAAGACACCCAGGCGCCGUCACCUUCCUCUGCCCCACGCGGGGAGGCGGCGGCGGACGGCACCGCGGGACACGACGCCGCGGAUCUCGGACGUCCCCCCACCACCCCGCUCGAUGGCGAGCACACGAUGGCCGCCGAGUCACUCCCGCGGGCGGGUGUCAUGGCGAACCUGCCCCCGACAACGAGAGCAGCACCCCCCGAUCGCCGGCUGCCUCGUCCUCCUCGCGGAUCGCCGGGGCGGACGGCGCCGCGGGACAGCAACAGCGCGGCUUCUCUCGAUUCCUGCCACCCAUCCCCGAGGUCGCUGAGCCAGAGGAGAGCCGACCCCCGCUCUGCCGGAGGCAACCCGACCCAUCUACUGGGGCCGCGCCCAAAGCCCUCCGCACCCUCGAGGGUGCCCGCCACCGUGUCUCCCACGCCAGAAGAUCCGGCCAGCUGCCAAACGGUCCUGUACAGACCUACGAGCAGGAAGGCGCAUUUCCUGGCAACAUCGCGCGAUGCGAUCGCCGCCUUCCUGUCCGGGGUCCCGGGAGCGCACCGGGUGCGAGCCAACAUCCGCCGGAACGUGGUGGCCGUCGACGCGCUUGCGGGCGCGGACCUCAUGGCCCUGCUGGCUGUCCGGGUGAUCUGCGACGUGCACGUGAGGGCGAAAGCCCUGGCCCUCAACACGUGCUGUGGCACGCUUUUCGCCGUGGACCCGGCAUUCGACGAGUCCACCAUCAUCGAGGGCCUGGAGUCGUCCGCGCCGGUGCUCUCGGCCACGAGGAAUGGCGACGCCGUCGUCCUGCGCUUCGCCGGUUCCAUGGUGCCCGCGGCGGUUCACCUCUUCCGACAGCGGCGGGUCGUCUAUCCACGGCUGCCCCGUCCCCUGCAGUGCGGUCGCUGCGGCCUUUUCGGCCACGCCACCGUGACGUGCCAUCGGGACGAGCGCUGCCUGCGGUGUGCCGGGCGGCACCCCGCGGGUGCCUGCACGGCUGAGCGGGCUCGCUGUCUCCACUGCGGCGGCCCACAUGCUGCCACGGAGCCGAGCUGCCCCAACUGGCAGCUCGAACGAAGGGUGGCCUGCAUCCUGGACAGCACUCAGCCACGCAUCACGCGUCGCCAGGCGCUCACCAUCGCCCGGAAUGCUGCCCCACCUCCGGCUUCCCCCUCGCAGCGGCGGCCCGCUGAAUCACGGGUUCCCGAGCGGCGCCCCUCCGCCCCGGUGCAACCUGGUCGCUCGUUCCGGGACGCCCUGACCAGUGACACUGGAGCACCUACGACCACCAACAACAGCGGCCCGGCGCAGCCCCCCAGCACCACAACCCAGGACGCGCGCGGGCUAGUCGCAACGGCUCCCACGACCACCAACAACAGUGCUCCGGCGCAGCCCCCCAGCACCGCAACGCAGGACACGCACGCGCUGGUCGCAACGGCUCUCGCGUCGGCACUUCGUGCGGCCCUUCACUCGGUACCAGCCGACUCGCCGCAUAGUGCCACCACCUGCCAGCUGGCGUCAUGCACGGCCAGUCCGUGCGCCGACCCCUCCCACCCGGCUGGUCGGUCGCGCGCAUCAGUUUACGUGCGUGCUGGCCUUGCCCAGGCCGUAGUGCGCGUCGACGAUUUGCCGUGCGCGAAUGCCGAGUGCGUGGCAGUGACCGUGCGUGUCGGAUCCACAGACACAUGUGUCGCCAGCGUUUACGUUCGUGCUGGUAAGCGCUGGGACACUGAGUUCAUUGUGCGCCUGUGCGAUCGUGUUGGGGGGGACCUCGUGGUGUGCGGGGACUUCAAUUCCCAUCACUCUGCGUGGGGCUGUGCACGCGACGACGCGAACGGUCGGAGUCUGUUGGAGUCCGUGCUGCGGGCCGGCCUGUUCGUGGCCAACACCGGCAGUGUCACGUUCGAUCUCUCGCUCGUGUCGGAGCGGUGCCACUACGUCUGGCGUCGCAGCCCCGACACGCGGGGGUCGGACCACUUCCCGAUUUUCCUCGUGCCUCACGCUGCCGCCCACCUGCCCACGAGGAGCUACAGUGUAGUGAACUGGCCGCGUUUCCGGAAACUGUGUGCUGCAGUGCCAGUCUCCGAGGGCGGCCUCUUCCGGCACAUCGCCGUCUGUGCGCGUGCGGCAACGACCCGUUGUGUGGUGCCGGCUGGAACCCCUGUGCCGGACAUGAAGCAGCUCAACCUGCGAGCUGCGCGUCGCAGAGCAGAGCGCAAAGCGAUCCGCACGGACAGGAGGGAGCACUGGACCCUGUACAAUCGAUUGGACGCUGUCUGUCGUCGCCAUGCGCGGCAGCGUCGCAAUGCGAGCUGGGCCAGUCUGUGCUUCUCCCUGGACGAUGCGCGCGCUCGCUCGCGUCCGUGGCGCAUCCUCGGCGGAAUCCUGCGGCCCCGUGUGCCGCGCUGCCCCGCACUCUCCAUCGCGGUGGCACGCGGUAUCACCAGCGCGCAGCUCGCAGAGCUGCUGGCCGCCACAUUCUGCCCACCACCCGCAGUAUCGUCGAGGCCGACGGCGAUCCUGCAGCCCCAGCCCCACCCCAGGCGCGAGCUGAUGGCCCCGCAGCGCUACUUCCCGUCGACGGGCAUCCUGGCGGAGAUUGACGCACUGUGCGCGGCUGACUUCACUAUCGGUGAGCUGCGCGCGGUGCUGUCAGCACGGAAGCGCCGCUCUGCUCCCGGUUCCGACGGCAUCACCUACCAGAUGCUGCGGAACUUCGACAGCGGCCAACUUCAACUCCUGCUGGAUGCCUUCAACGAGGUCUGGCGGACUGGCACCAUUCCGAGCGAGUGGAGCGAGGCAGUGGUGGUGCCGCUGCUGAAAGCCGGCAAACCACCCAGCAACCCUGCCUCGUACAGGCCAGUCUCCCUCACGUCUGCUGCGGGCAAGGUGCUCGAGGCCAUGGCGCUUCGGCGCCUCGAAUGGAUUGCCGAGGCGCUCGACACCUUCGCGGCAGAGCAGAGCGGAUUCCGCCGAUUUCGAGCCACCGCGGACUCCCUGGCCGAUGUCGUCGCUACACUCGAGGAGGCCAAGCACCGCGGGGACGCGAGCUACCUCGUUCUCCUCGACGUGGUGAGCGCCUUCGACCAGCUGCCGCACGCCACCAUCCUCGACGCGCUCCGUGCCAUGGGGAUCGCCGGGAGGAUGCUCCGCUACGUGGGGGCGUUCCUCAGUGGUCGUUCGAUGCGUCGCAUCGGCGACUACAUCCCCCAGCUGCCGGAGUACGAGGUUCGUGUCGCGGUGUACGCGGACGACAUUGCCCUGUUCGCCGCUGGCCCAACCGAGCGGGGCAGGGCGGUGCGCAGGUGUGUGCAGUCUGCGCUGGAUGCGGUCGACGCGUACAUUUCCGGCAUCGGCCUCACCCUCUCGGCGGCAAAGACCGAGGCGCUGCUGGUUCACCCUCGCUACGGCGCCCGCUAUGAAGUCCCGCGUCUCACCCUUCGUGGGGCGAGCCUCCCGUGGCGACGGAGAGUACGGUACCUCGGCCUCCUGGUGGACCACCGGCUCAACUGGCAACCGGCCGUUGCGGCUCUUCGCAAGGGGACCAGACGGGUGGCGUGUGCAGCACGUUCCCUCAUGGCCCGCGGCCAGGGCUGCUCACCCACCCUGGCACUGCGGGUCUACAACUCGGUGGCCUCCGCGAGGGUGCUGUACGGCCUGCCGCUUGCUGACAUCCAUCCAUCAAAGUGGGAGGCACUGGACGCGGAUCACCGAGCCGUUGUUCGUCAACUCCUGUGCCUCCCACAGUCGUCGCAGGGCGCUCAACACCAUCGAGCGCCAAACUUUAUCGAGCGCCUGCACCGAUCGCCGCACGGUCAUCGGCUGGUGGACCGGUUCUUCUCUCUCCCCAACUCCUGCAUGGGCCGCCGCGUCGCCGAGUUCGCCGGCUUGGUCAACUCCGGCCCCUCGUGUGCGUGGCUCCCUCCCCCCCCCCCCCCCCCGCAUCGUCGACGCCGGCUCGACAUCCGCACCACCGUGCCUGGGGUGAGAGGGAAGCGCAACACCGCUGCCUGCGCCCUGCGGCAGGAGACGGCUGCGGUCAUCGAGGAGCAGCUCGCCGGCCGCGUGCUUGUUUACACGGACGGCUCUGUGCUCCGGGACGGCGCGGCUUCGGCUGCCUGCUUCGCCCCCGAGCUCUCGGCGCAGAGCCAAUGCCGUGUCUUGCACGCGGUGUCCUCCACGCAUGCCGAGCUGGCGGCCAUCGACCUGGCGGCCAAACUGCUGUACCAGCGGCGGGUUGCACGGGCGGCCAUCCUGACCGACUCACGGGCGGCGCUCUGCUUGCUGGCCGGAGAGGACCACGGCCCCACGCUGAUCCAGCGGCUCCACCGUAAGCUGGACGGCGUCUGCGAGCUGGGAUGCGACCUCGUCUUCCAAUGGGUGCCCUCGCACGUUGGAUUGCCCGGGAACGAGGAAGCUGACCGGCUCGCAAAGGAGGCCCACACCUUGCCAGUGCCCCGGUCUCUACUGGUGACGCCCUUCGAUGUUGCUCGCCACACUGUUGCUGGCUACCUCCGGUCGUGGCACCCUGACCCACGCGUUGCCGCCGGCAGUCCCCCGAAGUUGCUGCCGCGCAGGGGCUUGGGCCGCCGUGAUCGCGCUCUGCUCCUGCGUCUCCGCAUCGGGUGCUGUCGGACGGCUGAGCGCGUGCACCGCUUGUCGGGACUCGGCUCGCCCUACUGCGACAGCUGCUCCGGUGUCGAAACCUUGGACCACGUUCUUCUGCAGUGCCCCGCGUACGCAGCAGAGCGUGGCCCUCUUCUUGCCGCCUACCGUCGCCUCGGGAUCCCGUCCGACAGCGCACGGGGGCUCCUGUUUCCUGCGACGCAUCCCUCCAUCGCCAAGCGGGCCUACGCGGCUCUCCUUGAGUAUCUGGAGGAUACAAACCUGUGUCAGCGGCUCUAA